UGUAAAUGUAAUGUAUUAUUAUUCUUGUUACUUUUAAAGAGGACGGUUGAUUAGCCAUAAUUUAUUUAAUUUAAAAUAGUCUAUCAUUGAAACUAUACUAUAAUGCAUAUUAUGUGAAGGUACUUAAAAGGACAUGUUUUGUAAAAAUAUACCAAAUUAAAAAAAGAGGAUUACAGCACGUUUUUGUAUAAUAUGAAGUAAAAACCAAAAUCUUCGUUGUGAAGAUGAGCCUUCAAGAUCGGUUGAAGCCGUUAUUAAAAAUAUUUAAAGUGGGUUCUUUGAUAGGAGGUAGCAUAUUUGUUGUAGCUUAUCAUCUGCGUCAAAUAUGUAUAAGUAUUGAUAAAAUUGUGAAUGCAAACGUAUUAGACAUUGAGAAAAAAAUUAUUUCUGAAUAUAUAUAUAUCGAUGAUCCUUCAUACAAUGCUACCAUGAGUGCAGACAAUGAUAAAAGUAAUAAAUCGAACAAUUUUGGAUUAUCAAGUGUAUGGAAGACCUUGAAGCAUUCCGUAGCUUGGCGAUUACUGUGGCUUUGUCGACAUGGAAAUAAAGAACAAAGAAAUUUAGCUUUAGAACAAUUAGCUUCAUUUAGGAAUAAUAAAAGUUGGGAUUCUCUAAAAAUAGCUCAGGCACUUGAUAAGUCAACAGCUGUACUUCUUGCUCGCACAUAUGGUGCUGACUUGCGUUAUUUUCUUCCUCCUCCAAUACAUGUUCGAAGAGCAGCUUUAAAUUCUGAACUUUUAUCUUAUAAAUUUAUUGAUAUGAUUAGUACUCUUGAGACCAUAAAUCCUCAUAGUUGUAUCAAUCAGUUCCUUUCAAAGCAUCUAAUAAACAUCCAAGAUCAAGUUGUUGAAGUUGAUAGUGUUCCUCAAAAACCAGAUAGUAUCACUGAAAAGCAACUUUGUAUAUUAUGUCUUGAUGCUCUCCAUCAUCAUAUUUUUUUAUUUAAUCAAAAAUCUUAUGAUAGUGAUAUCUCAACUUCUACAUUAAUUAAAUUGGGUAUAUUACCAUGUUUAGCUGAAUUAAUGUUGCGUUAUAGAUUUGACACAGAAGUAGAUUUAGCUGUUUUGAAAAUUCUUACUGUAUUAAGCUUACAUACUAAUCUCUUGACAGAUUUUUUUCAAAAUGGUCUCAUUGGUGAGUUGGCUCGACUAUUAAAAUCACAAGAUAUACGUUUAGCCAGCUCUGCAGCUGUGUCUUUAGCAAAUCUUUCUGGAGAAUUUUGUUAUAGACCAGGACUUUUCUUAUUACAUCCUUUGUAUAGAACAAAAAGUAUUCAAACAUGUGAUACUCUUCUUGUACAUGGUUUAAGAGGCGGUGUAUUUGUUACAUGGCGCCAGAGGGACAAAAAGUGUGCAGAACCUGUUGGAAUUAUAGAAGUAACAGUAUCUGAUAUAGAUUGUGAAACAUGCAAAGAAGAUGUAAUUAAUAAUAACAGAUUCUUAGAUCCUGACUUGCAGCAAGUAAUAGCUGAUAUGAAGGAGCUUGAAGAAGAGGCACUUUUGUCUAACUUUGAAGUUGUAUUACAUGAUCUUCCUAUUAUUGCAAAGAGAGAACCUAUCAGUUCCAAUAAAUACUCAGCAAACAAAAAAAGAGUAGCAGUUUUGCAAGAAGAACAAGAUAAAUGCUAUUAUACUCACUGUUGGCCUAAAGAUUGGUUGCCUAGAGAUUGUGAUAAUUUAAGAAUAUUAGGCUUUAAUUAUUGGAGUAAACUCUCUGAUUGGUUGGAAGGGUGUCCUUUACAAAAUGCAGAUAUAGAAGCACGUGCCGAUGAACUUUCUUCCACAUUACUUGAUGCAGGUGUCGGAACAAACAAUGUAGUUUGGCUGGCACAUUCGAUGGGUGGCCUUAUUGUUAAACAAUUAUUAGUUGAUGCAGCUCAAAGCAGCGAUCCAGCUUAUGAGAAAUUAUGCCAUAAGACAAAGGCAGUCCUAUUUUAUAGUACCCCACAUAAAGGCAGUGCUUUAGCAACAAUGCCUCGUGCAGCAGCCGCUGUUCUCUGGCCCUCACAAGAUGUUAAACAAUUAAAAGAAAACUCUCCAACAUUAUUAGAAAUGCAUCAAUUGUUCAUAAAGUUUGCAGAUAUUUUUAAUUGGGAAACAAUAAGUUUUGCAGAAACAUUACCUACUCUAAUCACAGCGUUUAAAGUCCCAAUUCAUUUUGUAGACUCAUACUCGGCAGAUUUAGGACGUGGUGCAUUUUAUCAACUACCAUUAGACCACUUAAGUAUAUGUAAACCAGCGACAAGACAGUCUGUACUCUAUACAACAGUAUUAGAUGUUUUACAAAGGGCAACAAAUUGUGAAGUUGAAAAAAAACUGUCAGACUCAUUGUUACGAAAACUAAAAGGUUUAAUAUGGUUAAUUUUAAAAAGUAAAGGCAAAGAUACUAGUUAUAGUUUAUAUGAGGAGCAAAGCACCUGGAGUAGACAUUAGUAUUAACAGGCACUACUAGAUGCAUACAUGGAUGGUUUUUUUGUUUUAAAAGUCGUACUUUCCAUUUUUAUUUAUAAAAAGGACAUAGAUAGAACCUUUGCACUUUGCUAAUUGUUUAAGUUUUAUGGUAAUUUUUGU